AUGGGUACAUUUGUAUUUCAAGCUUUAUCUACAUUUUGUGCCUUAGUUGAUCAAACAAUAUCCAAUAGUUUAACUCAGUUCUAUUCAAAUCAAUAUGUAAGUGCAUCUGUAACACCUUCAAAUGUAUUUCAACUGCAAACUGAUGCAUUUAUAUCUCAAUUUAAAUCAGCGACAGCUUAUGGAUUUUUGCUAUCACUUGCUAUGAUACGAAAAACAACUCAAAGUAACGCUUUGCUCUCUGGGCAAUUCACUAAUUACAGAUUCCACGAUGACGAUGACGGUCAUUUAUAUACAAAAUCUACACAGUAUGGUGACUGUGUAUGUUCUUCAUUAGCUACAUGCGUUGAUCAAUAUGCAGUUGUGAAUUACCCUAACUUCACGGACAUAUUUCCUAUACCAGGUCUUUAUACGGGUUGUUAUAUAAUUGAAUCAUUACUUCAGUCUAGUCUUCAAUGUUUUUAUGAUCAAGCCUGCAUAGAUAACAUACUGUUGUACCUGGGGUCGUCAACAUUUAUCAACGUAACUGCUCUCAAUAUAUCAUUGUCGAUCCAGUAUUUGGAAAAUUCAACAAUCUCAGAUAUUCUUGAUAAAUUAAUGGUUGAAGAAUGGAGUAAUUCGAGCACGUAUGAAAACUAUUAUAGUGAAUGUCAACCGGCAGGCUGUAGUUAUAGUGUUAUGUCGAAGAAUAGUGUAAUAUACAUUGUUACAACACUGAUCGGAUUAGUUGGUGGUUUGAUUACAGUGUUGAAACUUACGGUGCCCAUGUUAGUCAAAGAUGUUCGCGAGUUGUCUCAUUUUUAUCAAAACCCGGUUCGUUGGCAACCUAAACGUGUAGCUCCAUUCAAUAUCUUUCCAUCUGUUCCACCAACUAUCGAUGAAUAUCAACUUCGAAAUCAACACAUUUCAACAAGAUUAUUCAUCUUCUUAUUAAUUGUAUCAUUAUCUAUUCUUCUCUUAUAUACUUCACUUAUACAUAUUACACAAACAGUUAAUGUUAAAGAGCCUUCUAUUACAGAAUAUAAGCAACUCUAUAACUCACACAGUGAAACAUUAACAUGUGAAUGCACACAAAUAUCAAUCAACUAUGAAAAGUUUAUUCAAAUUCAAUACACAUUAAACCAAAUAUGUCAUAGUGACUUUGUUAAACAAGAAUGGAUCAAUUAUCUUGCCACAUCGUCUGGAAACAAUGAACUAGAUUACAUUGACUUUCGAGUAACUAGUACAUUUACAUUUCAAGCCUUAUCUACAUUUUGUGCCCUAGUUAAUCAAACAAUAUUAAAUCGUUUAAGUCAGUUUAAUUCAACUCAGUAUGUAAGUGCAUCUAUAAUACCUUCAAAUGUAUUUCAACUACAAACUGAUGCAUUUAUAUCUCAAUUUAAAUCAGCAACAAGAAAUGAAUUUUUGCUAUCACUUGCUAUGAUACGAAAUACAACUCAAAGCAAUAAUUUACUCUCUGGAGAACUAAAUAAUUUCGAAUUCUAUGUAACAAAAAGUUACGGUGUAGAUAUAUCUACACGUACGUAUGAUAAUUGUGCGUGUGAUUCAUCAAGCACGUGCAUUCUUCAAUAUGCAAUUUACGAUUUAGUCAACCAAGAUAAGAUAUUAUUCGUUGUUCCGGGUCUUUAUACGGGAUGUUAUAUAAUUGAAUCAUUACUUCAGUCUGAUCUGCAAUGUUUUUAUAAUCAAACCUGCAUCAAUAAACUUCAAUCAUAUUUUCAAGUAUUUUCACUUAUGAAUAUAACAGCUCUUGAUAUAUCAUUGUCGGAUCAGUUUUCGGAAAACUCAACAAUUGGAGAUAUUCUUAAUCAAUUGAUGGUUGAGGAAUGGAUCAAUUCAAGCAUAUAUGAAAACUAUUACAAUGAAUGUAAACCGUCAGGCUGUAGCUAUACAGUUACGACAAAGAAUAGUGCAAUAUACAUUAUUACAACUCUGAUUGGAUUAGUUGGUGUAAUGAGCAUCAAUGAACGCGUUCGAACAUUAUACCAAAAAUCAAAGGUUUUCUUUUUAAAUCUCAAUUUAUUUCCAUCUGUUCCACCAACUAUCGAUGAAUAUCAACUUCGAAAUCAGCGCAUUUCAACAAGAUUAUUUAUCUUCUCAAUAAUUAUAUUAUUGUCUAUUCUUCUCUUAUAUACUUCACUUAUACAUAUUACACAAACAGUUAAUGUUAAAGAACCUUCUAUUACAGAAUAUAAGCAACUCUACAACUCACACAGUGAAACAUUAACAUGUGAAUGCACACAAAUAUCAAUCAACUAUGAAAAGUUUAUUCAAAUUCAAUAUACAUUACAUCAAGUAUGUCAUAGUGAUUUUGUUAAACAAGACUGGAUCAAUUAUGUUGAGAGCUCAAUUGGAAGCUAUACUUUACCUAUAAUUGAUUUCCGAGCGACAAGUUCAUCUGCAUUUCAAGCCUUAUCUACACUUUGUGCUCUAGUUGAUCAAACAAUAUCCAAUCGUUUAAUUCAGUUCUAUUCAAAUCAAUAUGUAAGUGCAUCUAUAAUACCUUCAAAUGUAUUUCAACUACAAACUGAUGCAUUUAUAUCUCAAUUUAUAUCAUCAACAACAAAUGGAACUUUGCUAUCACUUGCUAUGAUACGAAACACAACUCAAAGUAACAGCUUAUUUAGUGGUGAACUAACUAAUUAUCGCCUUUAUGAAUCGUACUUUGUUAUUUUUCGAAGUCCAAAGUCGUACGGUAAUUGUACGUGUGAUUCUUCAGGCACUUGCAUUAGUCAGUCUCCAAUUUACGAUUUAAUCAACCAUGUUAAGAUAUUAUUCGUUGUUCCGGGUCUUUAUACGGGAUGUUAUAUAAUUGAAUCAUUACUUCAGUCUGAUCUGCAAUGUUUUUAUAAUCAAACAUGCAUCAAUAAACUUCAAUCAUAUUUUCAAGUAUCUUCACUUAUGAAUGUGACAGCUCUUAAUAUAUCAUUGUCGAUUCAGUUUUCGGAAAACUCAACAAUUGGAGAUAUUCUUAAUCAAUUGAUGGUUGAAGAAUGGAUCAAUUCAAGCAUAUAUGAAAACUAUUACAGUGAAUGUCAACCAUCAUAUUGCAGUUAUACUGUUACGACAAAGAAUAGUGUAAUAUACAUUAUUACAACCCUAAUUGGAUUAGUUGGUGGUUUGAUUACAGUAUUGAAAUUGACGGUGCCAUAUUUGGUUAAGGUUAUUAUGUUUUGUAUUACAAAAUGCAAACGUAGAUCUGCCACAAUAAUGCCAAUAGGUCAAACAUAA